AUGGAAAAUUCAAGUGACCAAGACACUCAUUUACCAAAAUACUUGCAACAACAUGACAUAAGCCAAGAUUGCAAGGAGUUGUUAUCCACACUGCCAAUAGAAAAAGGUUGGCUUAAACCUACCAUGCAUCAAUAUCAAGGAUUCUGGUUUUGUCCAACGAGGCUCCAUUGUGUUUUAUCUUGUCAAAAGAGUUUUCAAGCUUUUGAUACUGAUAUUCUCUUAGUCACUGCUCCUAAAUCGGGUACAACUUGGCUCAAAGCAUUAACGUUUGCUUUGAUAAACCGCAACAAAUAUCCAAAUAUUCAUAUCAACCAUCCUUUGCUCACUACCAACCCUCAUGAUCUUGUUCCUUUUUGUGACAGAGAUUUUGUUUCUGAUUUCAAAACAAUAUCUCAUCCAAGACUCUACUCUUCUCAUUUACCAUAUGAAUUAUUGCCAAAAUCUGUGAAAGACUCAACUUGCAAGGUGAUAUAUCUAUGUAGAGAUCCUAAAGACAAUUUUGUUUCAUUGUGGCAUUUCAUAAACAAGAUAAGACCAAAAAGCAGUAUAGCAUUUCCAUUCGAAGAAGCAUUUGAGAGUUUUUGCAGAGGAGUAAGUUUUUUUGGACCUUUUUGGGAGCAUGUAUUAGGAUAUUGGAAGAAAAGCUUAGAAAGUUCAGAGAAGGUUAUGUUCUUGAAAUAUGAAGAAAUGAAAAUGAAACCUGAUUUUUAUUUGAAAGAGAUUGCUAAGUUUUUGGAGUGUCCAUUCUCUAAAGAAGAAGAAUCUAGAGGUAUGGUUGAUGAUAUAUUAAAUUUGUGUAGUUUUGAGAAAUUGAGUAACUUGGAAGUCAAUAAGAUAGAAAAAACGUCUUAUGAAAUUGAAAACAAAUUUUUUUUCCGUCUUGGUCAAGUUGGAGAUUGGAAAAAUCUUCUCACAACAGAUAUGAUUGAGCGCAUAAACACUAUCACAGAAAAGAAAUUUGUUAAACAUGGACUGAGUUUCUAG